AUGCUAAACACCCACCAACAGUUGGUCAAGGCCACAGAGGAAAGCCUGGGGCAGGACACAAGGCUCCAGGCUCUGGAGACAGCCACAGGGCUGAGGGAGCUUCAAUCAGUCACGCCUGGGGCAGGGCAGGGGAGCCUCACAAGCAGAGAACGUGGGCUGCUUCAGGGCCAGCGGCGGAGGUCUCAAAGUGCAGGACAGACAGCAAAGAAGGACCAGGGGUCCUUAGGCCACAAGAAGAAAGGACAUGGCUCUGCCCAGACUGAGGACCUCUUUCCCCCUCUACCCCGGAAGCCCUCCUUCCCCUUCCAGUGGGCCUGGGAAAGCUUCACCUUGGAUGGCCGGGUCCUGCUUCAGCCUGGCUCCCCUGUGGCUUCUGGCUACCAAGCCCAACCAGCCCAGAGGACCUGGCGCCUGCCCUUGCCCAAAGCGGUCUACCAGUUGCAGCUGCAGCCAAAGUCCAGACACAAGUCCACAACCAGCCUUCCAGAGUCCCGGGACAUCUCCUGGAAGACAGACGAGCAAACCUUGGAGAAGAAACUGCCACUGGAGGCCAGGGGCAGCAAAGGGGUGCAUCUGGGGCUGGAGCAGCCCUGUGAGCAUGGCCUCUGGCUGCCCGGGCAGCUGUGGGAACCUGAGUCCGAGGAGGCUGCUGAACCUGAAGCUCUGGGGGCUGAGGAGGCCGAGCAGGGUCUGAGCCCUGGGGAACUGCCCCAGCAACCCAGGAGUGGGUGGGAGCUGGAGGAGACAGAGGGGGCUGAGGAGGGGGAGCACAGAGUCCUUCAUAGAAGGAGGGCUCAGUCUCGACAGAAUGGACAGAAUUCUGGUGAGGAGAAUUUGGACAAGGGUGACCGGCAGGACCCCAGCCAGGAGCACAGCAACACCACCAGUGAGCGCCACAAGGCGCAGAGAAGGAAGUCAAGGGCCAAGGAGCUGGAGGGGCCGUGGGACCUGGAGAAGCUGCAAAGGCAGCUACAGCGGAACUUGGAGGAACAGGGUCUCUGUGGUCCCCAAAAGCAGUCCUGGAAAGUUUUACGGGAUGUUGUCCAGGCAUCCAGGCAGACAGGGAAGGAGCCUGCCUUCGAACAUGUCGAGGCUUCUCCGUCCUUGACCUACCCUAACCGCACCUUCCACAAACGACAGGAGGCCACCAGAAGCCUGCUGCAGUCCCGGGAGCGGCAGCUGCAGGAGGAGCAGCAUCAGGCCCAGGUACGUUGUGCCCGGGAACAGCGGGUACAACAGCAAGUGGCUCGUUGUUUGGCAGCCUACGCACCCAGAGGGAAUCGCCGACCAGGCACUGCCCAGCGGAAGCUGGAGGAGCUGAGACGCCAGGAACGACAGCGCUUUGCUGAGUACAAGGCUGAAUUGCAGAGUAUCCAACACCGGGUGCAGGCCCGGCCCUACUUGUUCCAGCAGGCGAUGCAGGCCAACGCUCGGCUCACUGUGACUCGGCGCUUCUCCCAGGUGCUGUCAGCACUGGGCCUGGAUGAGGAGCAGCUGUUGGCUGAGGCAAGAAAGGGAAACACAGAGAGCACCUCCAGGAAGCCCAGGAAUCACAGGUCUAUGGGGGUGAGACUGGAGCACCCUUCUCAGAGACCCCCAAGGACAGAACCCAGACCCACCAGCAGCCAGCUUGACAGACCCUCCACCCCCAGCCUGGACCAAGCAUCCAGUCCCCAAGAUUAA